AUGUACAACUGCUUGCGCGAACAACGCUCCAACUUGCCACAUUGGCGCUGCAAGAACUGUGGAAGGAGGCAUUAUUUUAACACACACACACACUGCUACUUCUGUGGCCUUCGCUGCUCCUCUCUACAUGUUAUCAAGCUUCUGAAAGCAUACGUCAAAGAAGAUCAGUCUAAGGUGCCAUAUGUAGCCAACUUGGUACAAGCGACGCAUUCCUCCAAGAAACAGGCCAUGCACUUCAUAGAAGCAAUGCGUGACAUGGAGAGUCGUGCCGGCACACUUUGUGCAGCUACGUUGAAGCUAUCUGGCAAUGUGGAGUGCGAUGGUACGUCACUUGGCAAGUUCUACGUGGGUCAAGGAUGCGUCAGAUUUCAGAAGGAAAUUUUGAACAUCCAACAGAAAGAGAUCAAUGCAGGAAGGACACCACCGAAGUCGCUUUGCGUGCAUAUCCAAUGUCUCGGCGCUUUUCAACGAGCUGGACCAGCCGUGUUGCAUCUCAGCGGUCCGCGAGUCACCAAAAUCGGCAGCAAACCACCGACGGAGAGCUUGUCUGAAAUUCGUGAAAGCCGCUUGCUAGACAACAUUCCGAAGAGGGCUCAUGGCAAAACGAAGAUCUUUUCGGAUGGAAAUCGCAGCUGGGAAUCGCAUGCCAAAUCCUUGAAAAUACCCCAUGGUAAAGUGUGUCAUCAAAACAAAGAAUGGACGAAAAAGAUUCGCAAAGGUAGAAGCCAGAACAUUUCCAAAGUAGCCGGCACGCAAAUUGCUGACCGUUUCUUGGCUGUCCUUGAAGAAAUUCAUUCCAAGUAG